AUGGCAAUCAACACGCGAGUGGUCAGUGAAGCUAUGUAUGGCUGGUACCUGCUUAGCCGUCGAGGGGCAGAAGCAGGGGUCAUGGCAAAGGCGGCGCCGGUGUCCACGUUCUACGAUGUGAAGCAGCCUCCAGAGGAAGGAAAGAAGGUGCGCCGCGAGUCUGAUGCCAUCAGUACUGAUUGUGGGUCCGAGGUCUCUGAAGAGCAGUGGCGCCCGGAGGACUUUGGACCACCACCAGGCUUGGAGAACGCUCUUGAUGAUGCAGCACCGUGCUUGGGGAACACUCUGGAGGAGUUAAUUUGGCGAGGUACCAAGAAGGAUUCGAGCGAGAUUUGGUGGGAUUGGACCGAGCCUUUGCUUGGUGUGAGCCCCAUGGGCACAAUGCAGUGGACUCCGAGCAUAUCUUUACCUUUGAGUAGUCACCUCAUGGGUUUGCUCUCCUCGCGUCGUGGCAAGCAACGUUUGCGCGCAGUCGAACAGCAGAGUGGAGCUCAACUUUUGCUGGACGAGCAUUGGCAAGCCAUUCACAUCUCUGGAUGGCCCAAAUCAAUUGGUAAAGCGCAAGAGCUGCUGGACGUGAUGGAAGGCUUUGUGGUAGAGGUGUCCCACGCAAUGUGGGCGGAGCUCAUGCGUUGCCGUUCAGAGGAGACUGCAACAGAUGACUUGCCCUUGACUUUGAGUAAGCUGCAAGAGCUCUUGGGCUACCGUGUGCAUGUCGAGCGUGAUGCACUGGCAACUCGGAGAGGGGAGGACGGACUCAGCUGGGGGCUCACAGAAGCCUAG